UUUCAGGAGAGUGUCUGGCAUUACCUAGUUGAAUUACACUAAGGACACUGAGGACGAUAGCUCAAAACAUUAGUCGCUUAAUAAAUUUGCAUUUGAUAUGGCCCCAUUUUUAUGUAUUUAUGUAUGUUUACAAUGAUACUCCAAAAAUGUUCACAAGCUCAGAACAAAUGACUUGUCAGCUGAUCAUCGACUUUCUCAUCGAAUCAUAAACAAACGGUAUUCAUAACCUCAUCACGUUAUUGACGCUCCAUCUAUCGAUACUUUAAAAAGAAAGUUGGAUCGACUGAGAGACCACCACUUUCAGGAAAAAAAAGUCACAUACUAUCCUGUUCUUUCCAAACUGAGAGUGAAACUAUCACCAGCUCGUGACAAAAAAUAUUUUAUAUUGGAUAGCAGUUCGCUUAAAUUAAAGGUAUGUGUUACAGUUAUGAAGUUGUCGGACUUGAAAAUCAAUCGACGGCCUCUAGAUCGUUCUCGAACAAAAGAAAUUAUAUCAAGGGUAUCUAGUUUGAUUGAAGAAGCCGAAAAUACCAAAGUGGAUUCGAUGGAAGGCGAAGCGGAUGAUGGUCGAUACAUUGAAUUAGAUUUACUCAUACCUUCCGAUGCAAACGAUGAACCAUUGGAAAUUCCAGUCGAUUUUUCAGACUCAUCAACUGAGGAUGAAGAUUCAUCUUCAGAAUCGGAAAGCGAAUUCCGUGAAAUAAUCAUACCAUCUCCAGUUAGACUUAGUUUAGCAGUUUCACCUCUUUGUACAUCUCGCAAACUUAUUGAAGAACUAAAAUCUGUUUGUACUGAUGAUUGUAUAAUAUAAAUUCACUUGU